CAGGUUGCUGUGUUCAGGGCCGCUUUCCGCAUCGGCUUAAACCUUUUUGACAAUGACUCCUGCAUGGUGUUUCGACGAUGCGAAUUUGUCUCCUCCUUUGGACGAUUCGAUGAGCGGAAUAGGAGCCGACUUUGUCAACUCUAUGUUUAGUAUGCGUGACGCUUUGUCAGCUCUCCCUGUUUGUGAUGACUUUACAACAUUCGAAUCAAGUGGCAGCGUGAUCGCUGAAAACGAUUUCUCGUCCGACCAAGUCCUACGUAACUUUCAGGCGGUGCUUAGAGCACCCACUUCCUCCGCAACGAAAUUCAACGAACCACCGCUGACGUAUCUGAAUCAGAGUCAGGUAUAUGAACUUGUGUUGCAAAGGGACACGGAUAAAGUUUCACAAGUCAAGAGUUUGAUCACCCUUCGAUUUCAUGAACAUCAGAUGGAGUUGCAAGAACAAGAGCAUUUGAACAGUUGGCGUGAGGCACAUCCGGGAGAACGACUCCUUGACGUGGAUUUAUCGCAAUCUUACGGAUUCGAAGAUCUCUUCUCCGCUCCGGCCACGCCUAACAUGGCAGUCUGCCUGUGGAACGGUCCACAGUGCACUGUUGCUCUUCGACUCAACUGUAUCGGCACCGAAUUCACGGCCAAGAAGCACGGGGGUGAGAAGGGAAUUCCUUUUCGCUUGCAGGUGGAUUACGUCGACGCCGAGAAUGGGCACCACAUCGAGUGUUGUGCCACACAAGUGAAAGUGUUCAGAAUGAAGGGUGCAGACCGGAAGCACCGAACGGAUCGAGAGAAACUGGAGCGAAAGUCUAGAGAAAGUCAAUCUCAGUACCGACCUUCGUGUCCUGUGACCACACUGGUUAGUUUUCCCUUCGGCUGCUCCGGCACGCGUCCGAAAUCUCGCGCCUUUAGUGGCCUAUCACAGGGAACUCAAAUACCUGACCUCUCUUCUUCUACGCGAAAAAUAGGGACCGAUGGCUUGGCGAUCGAUUCGGAUGAGUCAGCGAAAGCUGGGGUUAAGGGAGCCUUCUCUGUCGGUACUGAACGGUCAACCAGUCCUCGACGCUCCACAGCUGAUCAUGUGGGUAAUGUAACGGCGUCUGCCUCAGUGUCCACCGCGCACUUCGUCACCCCGUCUCAACCUUUUCAGCGUCCAACCUUAAUCGUACACGACNGCUCUUCGCCCGGACCCUCACGUUUAUCACCAUCGCCGAGUCGUCGACUUACUGGUACAAUGAGCUCGUCAAAUCUUCAGCGGCGACGACGUCAGCGAGUUACCGAGUGUUGCAUGGGGAGUUGUUCAGCCUGUGGUCGUAUUUGUCGAAAUCCCUGCGGUGGUAUUACUGGCAGUGGAGGCAGGUGGAUUCGGACGUGUAAAGUCAAACCGUGCUGCGCACACUGGGAUGGAGCCGGCCCGCGACAGAAACAACCCGCAUGGCUGCCUGAAAAAAGAAGGGCUUCGCAUAGCUACGAACGGAACUCAGCAAUAUCGUGCCCCCAGAAGGUUGAUAGAGUUACCGGUUCCACUCACCCUUCUGUCAGAGCACGUGAGCUAAGCACUUCGGCAGAGUCGAGUCUGGGCAACGAGGAGCUGAGCAAGUGGACCCUGGUAGACAAACGAGGCGAGGAUGAGGAGGGUUCGGAGGAUACCGCUCUGCAACCCUCUACUUCUCGUACUGUUCGGCCGGAAUCGGUGAAAUCCCAGCCUCAGUCCGCUACAAAAGCUACUUCCUCUUGUCUGUCAAAUCGCGAUGCAGGCUACUCCAGUGACUUGGUAUUCCUCACCGAUUCCGAUUCAACGAAUCGUGAAAAUACCAUGAAAAACUUGUCUCUCAGUGCGGAGCCUGUUUGUUUUCAGUCACACUGGGAAGCGCCACCUGAGGCGCAUACUAUGGAAGUGCAAUCAUCCAAGCCGGUGACCACUGAGGAAUCGGAUGCUCAGUCGACGGUUCAUUCGUCAGCAGAUAUCGUGAUUCAACAGCCCGCAGAUGGUCUACCGAUCCAUAUCGACAUGACGCCUGAGGAGGUAACUGCAUGGUUCAAGUCAUCCAAUUUGGCAAACCUUGCAGAUACAUUUCAGACCUUUUCAGGUCGCGAUAUGCUUCGUUUGACGAAAGAAGACUUUCAAGCUCUCUGUGGUGCUGUGGAAGGCCUACGCUUGCAUAAUGCCUUCUAUAACAAACCUCCCCGGCCUCGGUCCACAAUUUACCUGAGUCGUCGGGAGAACGAAGUAUAUCAGGCGGUGAUGCUGUAUCAGCUAACACGUGACGAAUUACUGCGGCACGUGUCCGCAAUGGUCAGUCUGCAGGUAGAUCAGGUCCAGAUGUUGUGCAUUCUCGCUGACCACGGAUUGCCCGUUCUCAUCACAGAUGAACUGGUUGCGCAACUGGAGGACCACAGCUUUUACCAAUUGGAAGUGCAUUCACAUUGUCCAACUAAAGCAAACAUAUUCCUCCGGCCUGCAUAACAUCUUCGCACCUUAGCCACUGCAAUCAGAUCAGCUGAUCGAACGCCCGGUUGUACAUGAACCUUUUUUGAUGGUUUUGUUGUUUCCACCGUCAUCUUUUUUCGCAUUAUUAUUAUUAUUUCGCGUCUUACUUGUGUUUUUUAAACUGGGGCUUCUGUGACUUUCAAC